CGCUGAAGUAAAACCGCGUCUGCGUUUUAAAAUUCUCCUCUAACUCUAAGCGUGGAAAGUAUUAACUUCUCCCAAAGUUUGUUGAAUUUGCCUCCAACCAACAAAUCUGCAAUUCGAAAUCUCAUUUCGCCGUCAUCGUCUUCUUCCGCUCGAUGCAGAUGUCUUCCUGAGAGUCGUAGGGAGACAGAUCAGUUAAUUUCUUCUCAUCGAACUCAUCCUCCCCGCCGCCGCAGCAUCAUAGAGUCAUGAACACGCCGCCGAGUCCUCGUGUCGCACCAUUUGUACAAACGGAGAUUAACUGGGACAAGCUUGACAAAAAGAGGUUUUACGUGGUUGGAGCUGGACUCUUCACCGGCGUCACAGUAGCUCUCUACCCCGUCUCCCUCGUCAAAACACGCCUCCAAGUCGCUUCCCGAGACAUCGCCGAGACAACCGCCUUCUCCGUCAUCAAAGGCAUCCUCAAAAACGACGGCGUCCCCGGUCUCUACCGUGGCUUCGGCACCGUCAUCACAGGCGCCGUUCCCGCCAGGAUCAUUUUCCUAACCGCUCUCGAGACAACCAAGAUCUCGGCUUUCAAGCUGGUUGCGCCUUUCGAGUUCAGCGAGCCUACGCAGGCUGCGAUUGCUAACGGCAUGGCGGGGAUGACCGCGUCUCUUUUCUCCCAGGCCGUGUUUGUUCCCAUUGAUGUUGUUAGUCAGAAGUUGAUGGUGCAAGGAUACUCGGGUCAUGCUACGUAUACUGGUGGUAUUGAUGUUGCCACGAAGAUCAUCAAGUCGUAUGGCGUGAGGGGGUUAUACAGGGGGUUUGGUCUCUCUGUUAUGACUUAUUCUCCUUCGAGUGCUGCUUGGUGGGCUAGCUAUGGAUCUAGCCAGCGUGUUAUCUGGAGACUCCUAGGCUAUGGUAGUGACUCGGAGGCUACUGUUGCUCCUAGUCAGUCAAAAAUAGUUCUUGUCCAGGCUUUGGGAGGAAUCAUCGCCGGUGCAACAGCAUCCUCAAUCACAACACCGUUGGAUACAAUCAAAACGCGACUUCAGGUGAUGGGACACCAAGAAAAUAGACCUUCAGCGAAACAAGUGGUGAAGGAUCUGAUAGCACAAGAUGGGUGGAAAGGAUUCUAUAGGGGUUUGGGUCCAAGAUUCUUCAGCAUGUCCGCUUGGGGAACCUCCAUGAUAUUGACUUACGAAUACCUAAAGCGUCUGUGUGCAAUAGAAGAUUAGAGAAAGCCUCACUGCUGUUCGUUGGUUCUUCUCCUUCAGACUAACUCGAAUAGUACGCAUAAACCCGAUUCAAAUCUCGGUUAUUUGGGAGCUUCCGUGUUUAACAAUCGGACAAUUCUUUCAGUCUGAGUUCCGUCCGUUAUUGUAAUCAUUCUUUCAACUUUUGCUUAUUGGAGUGUUUUUCUUACAGCAGAUGAAAUUCUAGAUCACGAUCUUCUGCUAGUUAAGAAGCUUCAAAACUUUGAAUAUAGCACUAUAAUAAUAAUAAUCCCAUUUGCGAGCA